AUGCUCGGAAAGCUCUUCAACCUUGGCGCUGGCUCCGGGGCCGGGGAUUCCCCUUCUGCCCAGACCCAGUCGCACAAGCCCGUCUCUCUCGACUCGGUGCAGGAGGACAUCCAUACCCGGAAUCUGCUCUUCCCUGAUCCGCAGGACCUCUAUGAGCACCGCUUGAACCAGCUGUACCCCCUCUCCAGCGGCUCUUCUACACCCGUCAACUCACCAACCAACGCCUUUGACUACAAUGGCGACGUUGAGCUCGACGUUCGCGAUGUCCGCAUCAUCAUCAUGCAGGACGCCCUGAGCUCCGUCGCAGCGUCUCUUCUCUACGACAGCCAACCUCCCCCGUCCGUCCCGACCGCUUCCGUGGAUCGCCCCUCGGCCACCGCCGGGUCCUACUCGGUGCAGGAGCCACGCCGAACGCCUGCGUCUCCCCGAAAACCCAGCAUCCACUACUCGCAGCGCCCUAUCGUGAUUCAACCCGGCAGUCCCAAGACUCGGCAGGGCGCCUUCGAUAGGAGACCAUCAGUCCAUAGCCGUAAUCAGGGCCAUGUCGAGAGUGAGUCGCAGCGCGCUUGGCGGGAGUAUCGGGAGGAGCUAGCUACUUUUUCCAGCUGCAUAUUUGGCAACUCGGAACUCAUGGCGUACAAGGGAACCUCGACCAAGGUGCACGUCGUGCCGUCUGAGGUUCGAACUGUCGAGAGCACGUCGAGUCCAGGGGACGGCCGUGGCUCCCUUGGCAGGUCUAGCAUGCGGGCAAGCCGGCUCUCACAGUCCUUCUCCAUCGAGAACCCCCCACCAUUCGCCACUUCCGCUGCCCCAAGUGCUGCAAGUCGUGUCUCCGACCGGAAGAAGGUGCUAAUAACGAGACUGUUCCCUGUUAAUCUACCUCUUGACGAAGACCCUAUUCUUCGAGGCUCCUUUUCCGAAGACCCCACCAGCUACCCCUUCCCGCCGACCGCGGACGACGUCAGGAUGAAGAGAAGGCAGCCCAAGCCCAAGCGAACGCCCAUGUACGCUGUGGCCCUCAUCAUUAGCCUGCCACCCUCACCUUCGCAUUCGACGCCAGCACCCGCAUCAAGGUCGGCAUUCCGAGGUCCCAGCUCCUAUUCUGAGCAAGACUCGUUCCCCUCAUCUUUCAGCUCUACCCGGCGAUCGGGCUGGACCUUGGUUGGUCAAGGAGGAUUCGGUUCCGAUUCCUUCGACGUGGGACUUGGCACUGAUGUUGAAGACCAAAUCGACGCUAUCACGCAGCAUUGGGAUAUCAUCAUGCGGACGCUGAGCCACUUGCAGUCCAUUGUUGCCACCACGCUCCUAACCAUGCUCAGACAGGCAGACCUGGCUUCUCCGGACCCGCUCCCAACUUUGUCAAUCCAGACGGGCAGGGGCUCUUCUGUAUCCGGGCGCCGUAGUGAAGACGGGCCGCCCGUCAAAAUCCCAAAGGCAAAUACCAAGCACAUCACGCUACUUCCAAACUGCCUGCUAGACAAUCGGCGCAUCGGCGCCGAAGUAGAAGCCGCAAAGACGAGGGUAGUGGCCGGCAUUCGAGCUUCUCGUGUGACGACGGGUCAGAACCGUUGGCCAAUCUGGCGGGAGGAGGCUCGGUGGGUAGCCAAAUGGGCUGGUGGAAAAGAGCAGGGCUUCUUCUUUUUCAAUUUGCUAACAGGGUUUCUCGCAACACAUACCGACUGGCUUCAGGCGUUGAGCCCGCCGUCUUACCGGCGACGCCACUUCUUACAGCAGAAAAGCAAAGCCGAAGAGGAUUCCUGGGUACCCGCUCGCACCAUCAUCAUCAGUGACAACAAGAUAGCGGCGCGACGCUUGGUCUUCCUCCUGGCCGCAUUCCUCCCGGCUUCACAGCCGCUUCCAGGUAUUCGGACCCAUCGGCCAAGCACUCCAGCAUCCCUGGGAGCCUUGUCGCACUCACCUCCAUCCUUCGUCGUGCCCAUUCUCAAAGAGGAGUCGCUCCGGAGGAAGAUCAAUCGCCGCCCUGGGUCGCGCAUGCCAUCACAUUCUCGAAAUCUCAGCUUGCAAUCGCACAAUGCUCGCGCUGGCGCCGUACCUCCUCCGCUAGCGCACCUGAGCAUGGAAGGCCGACACGAAAGACGGUCUUCAGAUGCGAUGUCAAUCAAGACGAGCAAGUUGCCCAUUCACGGCAGCGACGUAAUGACACGCAAAAGCAGCGCUGCCACAACCGCAACCAUCACGCAGGAAACCAGCAUUCCGCACUUCUCCACUGUUCAUCGAGCCGACGGCUUUUCCCAAGGCAGGCCUGGGACCAGUACCAGCGUAGCAGCGGACGAUCUAAAGCGGCUUACCGGAGAUGAAGGCCCUGGGUCUCAAGCUCCGACGACUAGUGAGCGCAGGCAGAGCUCGAGAUGGAGCGUGAUCAGCGGCCUUUGGAGCGUUAGGAGAAGAGACUCCACAAACAAGGUUCCCUUGCAGGACGACGCAGGGAAUGGAGGUUCUUCGUCGCCUACAAAGACGCGGCAACCUUCCGACUCCUCGCUGUGCAAGACGCGGCCAGAAGUUGAGACUCCCGCGGAUCCGAAAGGGCAACAGCUCGGUGGCACCCAAGAUACUUCGGCGACGGGUUCCGGCGAUACAAUACCCCCUGCCCGCCCCUCCACGGACACAUUGGGACUCUCCGGACAGCCUCCCGCUCUACAGAAAGCACAAAGGAUACCGGACCCAUCUGGGGCUUUCGAAUCUCCGGUGAAAACAUCAAUCAACAUCGACGAUGGGGUUAUCGACGUGGAUGUCCCGUUGCCGGAUUUUGUCACUUCGUUUGAGAGCGCCGUUAGCUCGCCUUCGAGCAGUGGCUAUCUCUCUGCUUCGGGAUUCUGCACAGGACUCGAUGCUUUUGAGCACUCCUGCCGCUUCUCCCCAGACGGGGACAUGCCUCUCAAUGUCGCUGGCUGGCUGCAGCAGUACCACCCGGACUUUUUGCUGCAAGCAUUGCCGGCCCAGGAUGGUAUUAUAGAGCAGAUCAAGGCAUCGAUGCGAGUCGAACCAUCCCCUCCCCAGUCUUCUAGCGCACAAUCCACUGGAAGCACCGCUGAACGGUGGGUGGACAUCAGCUCGGCCGUCGUGGCCGACACAACUACGUUCAACAUAACGCGUAUACGUUACCGUCGCUUGGUCAAGCCCAAGCCUGGCGGGGACCGCAACACGGCGUCGACGACACCCCUCGCCACCCAGGAGGUGCAGCUGAGGGAGGAAUUUAUCGAAGAGCCCAUUGUCUGCUUCGACGACGUGCUCAUCGAGGCCGUGGAGAAGGUCAUGGCGGCGGGCGGCGCCGAGACGGUUAGCAAAGCGAGCUCGGAAAACUCGUCGCGGUCGGCCAGCAAGCGCAGGAAGAGCACAUCUGUUGACUCGGAGAUGGGGCAGCACCCCCCGUCCACGAUUCAGGGCAGUCUCAUGGUGCCGCAGGAGGUGCCGCGGUCCAAGUGCAAGACGGUCGUGCUCUCGGCGUUGGAGGAUAUAAUACAGGAUGUCAUUGCGGAGAGGGAGCAGGAGCAAGAACAGGAUCACGACGGUGCUCAGGGCGAAAGCCUGCGUGCCGCCGCUGCCUUUGCCGCGAGGGAGCGGGAAAGCCCGCUGCGCGAGGCGGUCAGGGCCUGGAUAGAGAGCGUGGAUCUCGGCGAUUGA